AUGGCCGAGCCCGAUCCUCAUCCCCAGCGACGGUCUUCCUCCCAGGCCUCGUCCGCGUCCAGCAGGAGCCAAAAGGCUAGAACACUUCGCAUAAAAGGCCAGAAACGAAACUCGGCUUCUUCUCAUGCGCCCACCGAUCUCACCUCGUUCCCCUCGCUUUCCCCGCCUGAUCACGCCCCCACUUUGACCGGCGGGUUGACAAGUACGUUGAUGACGGGAAAUGGCGUGGAUGGGGCCUCAGAUACUGGUCGUGGGCGUAAAGCCACUUUGGCUAGGCUUACCACCGGUGUGUCUCACAAAUCAGGUCGGGCCGCCUUAUUCGAGGAUUCCGCCCCGCUACGCGACAUCCCAGGAGCCCUACAUUUGGCGGAUGAUGCCCACAUUGAGCGCCUGAUUUCGAGCACCGGUGCCGUGAAGAUUGUCAGACAGUAUGCGCGGGAUCUGGCUCAGCGGGAUGCUGAGAUCUCAGCUCUGCGGCAACGCGCUGAUGCAAGGGAGCGAGAGCUCAAGCGGAUGCUUCGAGAAGUGUCUGUAUCAAGCCAGGAUGUUGAGCGUCGCCUAUACCAGGUAGAGAAUCAUCCGGAGGACCGCAACUCGGACGGAGAGAGCAGCCACAGUGGCGGGAAUUCCGCGGGGCUGGAUGGUCUCAUGUCCCAGGCUAUGACAGAUGCAGUUGGAUCUCAACCCGAUGCAGAUAACCCAGAUCUCCAAGCUACUAUUCGUGCUCAGCGAUCGGAAAACGAAGCUCGCAUCGAGGGAUUUAGCACCGAAUCAAGCAACAAUCGAAAGCGAACGGGAUCAUUGCGCGGCUGGGGUGACUACUUCUUCGGUGGUUCGGCCAAUGCGAGUCGGAAGACCAGUCGUGCCAGCAGUGUCAUGAGUGAUAUGCAGGGCAUCGAAGAGGAAGGUGGCGAACGUCCUCGGUUACCCAGCAACCCCGCUGUCCGUCGCAAGGCUCUUGACGAACAGCUUUUCCAGCCUCCGGGCAUCUCCGCGAGUGAAGCGAAACGCAUUGCCGGCGGCUCUACGAAUGGCGACGACCAUUCAAGUGUUCAUUCACGGAAAUCAUCACGCUCACUCGGGUCUUGGACAGUCAAAUUGUUUGCCGGUAAUACACAGACGCCAAAGGAGGCCAGCGAUUCCGAGGCCAGUCGCAGCAAGUCUGACAAUCCAGACAAAUCCAUUACCCAGCCGGGCACUCCAAAGAGCGGGAUGUCUGCUGUUGCUGCAUUGAAGAAGAUCAAUGGCAACACCGUGGUUCCACCUGGACGUACAGCCAGUAGGGGCAGUGGGACGGUCAGAAUAAAUCCGGCCGCACGUAGGACUGCAGCAGGAAGCGUGUCACAAGGUGCCCCCGCUGAGUCCACAGAUCGAACCGCGACCAAUCUUGGCCCCGUAGAAAUGGAUGCCAUCUUGCCUGUCGAAUCUCGGCCUCCGACUCUCGCCCCAAUCUACAACAAUUCUCAGUCCGGUGAAUUCCUCACCGAUCGGUUUGGUUUCAUCUAUGAUCAGCGCCGGAAGAGACGACAGAGGGAGGCUACCUCGGGGAAGCCGGUCCGAUCUCGUUUAAGCAUUGCCGAGACUCUUGGAAACCUCCGGAGCGAAGCAUCGGACGGGGAAGAUGAUCAGGCCGACUCUCAAGAGACGCCUCACACACCGGGGUCCCCUCCUGGCUCUCCUGACGACCCCGAAAGUGGCGCUGUUAGUCUUCGCGGCUGGCAGGACUAUCUGAGGUUACCAUCUCGUCCAACAGAACUCCUGUCGCAUACUCCAUCUGCGGCCCCGAUUGUUUCUCUGACCAAUGCCGAGGAUAGUCGCCCUCACAGUUCGUCUAUCUCAACUGAAAAAGGACUCUCUGUCAGUUCGAGCCCACAGCCAUCGGCAUCCACGUCGGCCAUCAACGCAGAAAAUCCUGAGUUUGCUGGAGGACUUACGGAAGAGCCUACCGCUAUUUCUACGAAAAUCAACUCUGCCGAGGUCGAGCCAGUUAAGCUACUGCUGGAGCAACUGACUGAUCUCCAUGAUACACUCCAGCGCGAUCGCACCGUCCGUUGGAACGAGUUCCUUCGCAAAGUGCGCGCCGAGCGCAGAAAAGAAGGUGAAGCCGCAGCUGCAGCAGCCACGUCAACGGAUCGAUCCCUCACUGCAGUGGACACACCUGAAGCAACUCUCGCUGAUGGUGAGGUUAUUGGCAUCGCUGGUCUGGGCAAUAAAGGCAAGGUUGGCCGCAACAAGUGGCGAGAGUUUCGAUCGCUUGUUCUCGGCGGUAUCCCCGUUGCACUCCGUGCCAAGGUGUGGUCUGAGUGCAGUGGUGCAUCUGCGAUGCGUAUCCCUGGAUACUAUGGUGAUCUGGUGCGGGGAGUGGGUGGAACCGAACCUGAUGCUUCGGUAAUUGCGCAGAUCGACAUGGACAUUCGUCGCACCCUUACCGACAAUGUGUUUUUCCGCAAAGGCCCCGGUGUUGAUAAACUUAGGGAGGUCCUCCUGGCGUAUUCACGUCGUAACGAAGAAGUGGGAUACUGCCAGGGGAUGAACCUCAUCGCAGCAUCACUUUUACUCAUUAUGCCGACGGCCGAGGAUGCCUUCUGGAUUUUGACUUCCAUGAUCGAGAUCAUUCUGCCUCAACAUUACUAUGACCAUGGACUCUUGGCAUCUCGUGCCGACCAGGUGGUGCUGCGCCAGUACAUCUCCGAGCUUCUUCCCAAACUCUCGGCGCACCUUGAGGAUCUGGGCGUCGAACUGGAGGCUCUUACGUUCCAGUGGUUCCUUUCCGUAUUCACGGAUUGCCUUUCCGCGGAAGCGUUAUACCGAGUGUGGGAUGUGGUGCUGUGUCUCAAUGUCACCAGUGUAGUUCCCAAUGGCCCGGGCCCGACCGUCUCUUCUGCCUCCAGCGUUAAAGACGGCACUGACAAAGCAACUCCAGCCUCCGAGGAAAGCGCGUCCGGCAGUGGAGGCGGAAGUACGUUCCUCUUCCAGGUCGCUCUCGCCCUGCUUAAGCUCAACGAGCCGCAACUGCUCACGACCUGCUCCACCCCGGCUGCUCUCUAUACGUAUAUCAACCACCAGAUGACCAACCACGCUAUCAGCAUCGACGGGUUGAUCCAAGCAAGCGAGGCAUUGCGUAACAUGGUCCGCCGCGAAGAUGUUGUCUCUCGCCGCGCCGUCGCCCUCCGAGAAAUGCGCGAAUUCAGCGGGGGGCACAACUAG